AUGGACUCAUACAAUCUCAAAACCGCAUCGACUUACAUCAACAAUCUACUGCUUGCCCGGGGCUUGUUGCGCAAUGGCAAGCCGAUUGAGUUUGCGCAUCCAUCGAGGGGAGAAGGGGGGAAAGAGGCCACCAUGGCCCAGAUUAUCAACCUGGUGCACGACUUGAUACUGAAGCGCGACCGCGACCAAGAAUACCGCGAAUCCAUCGCCGACACGUUGCGAAACUUGCGCUCAGAAUCGACGCGCCAGACGGCCGCCCUCGAGAAGCAGCACAACCGCAAUGCAGACCUAUCGAGGCAGCUCUCGCUCGCCCAGGCGCAGGAGCAAUCCGCGCGCAAAGCCCUGCACACUGCCGAAUCGUCGGCGCGAAAGUUGCGCGCAGAGAUGCAGCGACUCAAGACGACCGUCGACCAAGUACGCACCAGCUGCACCAACGAUGUGCGAAAGCGCGACAAGGAGAUCGCAAGGCUUAAGAGCCACUUGACGAGCCAGCAGCGGGGCAACAAGACGGGCUUGGUAGGCGCCAGCAUCACCAUUAAUCCCGGCAGUACAGGCUUGAGCGCUGCCACAGGCCAUGUGCGCGAAGAGACACCCAAUGUAGACGAUCCCGAAUACAGCCUGAAGCAGGAGACGACCGAGUUCCUGACACACUUGAGUCAGAGCCUGAGCGACGAGAAUGACAACCUCAUCGGACUCGUGCGAAGCACUCUAUUGACACUGAGGGAGCUACAAGGCAUGCCGGAAGUCAAUCGCAAACAAGACACAGAAGAGAGUUCGGUUGUAGGCGAUGACCAAGACGAUGCGCGACAGGACAUGCUGCACGCGCUACCCACCGAUUACGAGACGUUGGCCGAUGACAUGGACACAGUGCUGGACAACCUGAAGAACCUCCUCACAAACCCCAACUUUGUGGCAGUGGACGAAGUCGAGAUGCGUGAAGAGGAGAUACACAGGCUGCGGGCAGGCUGGGAGAAGAUGGAGGCCCGACUACGAGAAUCAUUUAUACUCAUGGACUCCUGGCGAAAGCGCAUGACCAACGGCGACGCCAUCAACCUCGAUGAACUCAGAAUGGGAUUGGGGUUCGGUGAUGGAUUCGAGAUGGUCGACAGAGAAGGCUUCUCUACAAUUCAGGAAGAAAGUGAGGCCGACGAUGCCGCAAGUUCAGCCUUGGAAGAAGAUGUGGAUGAUACUGAGGAGCGGGAACAGGAAGACCAACUUCCCUCACCUCCACCGCACGAACAACCAGACAAAACAACUGGGCCUGACAUAUUCAGGAUUAAGCUGCAACCUAGUCAGACAGCGCUUAGAGAGAGCAACGGUAAUAAGCCACCUAUCCGGUCGCCUCGCAAGGUAGCCUUUUCAGCUUCCAUUCCGAACACACCGUCUCAACUUGACGAGGAAAAUGCAGGCGCGUCUGAGAUAGAUCUAGUGGAAGUGGAGAAGACUAGUCGUCCGACCUCUGCAGCCAAACAACCAAGAUCUGAAGAACGAGCAUCUAGACGAACGAGUCAAGACAGACCACGCCAUAAUAAAAAGCGCCUGUCGAGCCCACAUGCGCACCCCGACGAACGAUCGCCGAAGCUAUCGGUCCAAGACAAAUUACGAGAGGCCGCGGAAGCAGCCGCUGUAACCGACGGAGACAUCUCCACCAAGAAGACGGACGAGAGCAGCGAAGUGCCCGAAGAAAACCCUAAGAAGCGGGCACCCAGGUCUCCAGUCAAGACGCGAGUCGGUGGAAGGCCAAAGAGGAGGAAGAGCACAUUGACGCCAGAAGAAUUGGCAAACCUCCUGGGCUGCUAG